AUGGAGCGCAGGAUGGAGAUCCCGGAAGAAGACAUCUCUGAAGAAGAAGCAAGCAGCCCCGGCUGGAUGACGGCAUAUGGCCGCAGUAACGGCAAAGCGAACGGCAAGCUUUCAAAGGCGCAAGACUUCGCUGCAACACUCCAGGCCCCGUUGUCGUUCCUUGUGGCCGAGUACUUCUGCUGGGAGGGCUCGCUAUAUAAUGGCUGUUGCGUCCCGCUGUCGUUCCUCGUCUACGAGCGCCUCAGCAGGGGGUGUUCGGCGGGCGGUGCUUACUCCACGAGCACCCACGACACCUUCAAGCUCGAUGAAAUCUCGGCUCGCUUGCUUCCGUUCGUGCCAGUCCAGCCGCCCAGCACCGAGGCCAUCGCUUACGCGGGACCAAUACGAGGUGUACUGCCCGGAGAUGAUGAGAUGUACCACCUGAUCAUCGGACUUGGCCAAGUACCAGCGCAGCAGUACAUCGUGGUCGCGCCGAACGUCGCCAGCGCAUCUCUCACCACAGGUAGCAAGGCUGUCAACAAUUCCAGCACCAUUGACGAUUGCCUGCAAUUGAACAUGCUGCCGUGGUGCUUGUUGAUCCUGAUCUCGGCAGUCGUCUCCUUCGCGACAACACUGUUGCUCUUCCUUUUCCUCGAUUCUGACAAAACGGAGACCACGACGGUGCUCGAAGCAGAAGAGCGCUUCUUUAUUCCCUCCCAGAUGACGCCAUAUCCGGGCCCAUAUAUAUCCACCUGGAUUAUGGCUGCACCGAACAGUUCAGCUGCUUAAGCCACGA